UGUUUCGUGAAAUUGCGUUAAAAAUGGGAAAAUUUUAAGUUUUUUUGACUUUUUGAUAAGGAUGAUAAGGACAAAUUAGCAUCAUUCGCAACUUUCGCCGUCGUUCUCGUUGGCCCAGAAAAAGUAUAGGAAACUUGGAAAACCGUAGCGCGAAAGAUCCCCAAAAAGACCGGGCCGAAAUCGCCGUGGCUCGCUGUUGAGGAAGGCGUUUUGAAGAUUUUCCUACGUGUAUGUGUGUGUGCUCCUGCGUGUUGGCCUCCCUUCGGAUACCCGGAACCUUGACCACCAGACAGAAUGUCCUUCAAGGAGCUCGUAGAACCGGAAUGUGGUGGAGCGAAUCCGCUGAUGAACCUGGGCCGUCAGGUACGUCGGGAUGUCGCGUUCCAGGACGAAGGAUUGGCCGGUGGCCGGAGCGCGUUCGCACCCGGUACGGAUCGGGAGCUGGUGAACGAGUUCAUGGGACAGAUAGCCCCCGCACCGCAAUCAUUCCGCAUGGACGUGCUGCUGAAGGAGAUGCGUGAAAUCGAUGCACAGAACUUUCACCGUCAGCAGCAAAUCGUACCGGGACCAGGGGUGAUCGAUACCGUGGCAAGCGGAUCGGGGCCGUGGGUGGAAGAGUUUGGCGCUGGUGCUAGCGGUAGUACAUUGCGACCUGGCGAGAGUAAACUUUCGAGCGUCUGGUCACAAUCACAGUUGAUGCCAAUUCAGGGAACAGCAAAUGCGGGACCGAACAAUAUACUUUAUACGCGGGACUUUUUCGAUGCCCACGCACCAACGAAUGAGCUGGAACGUAACUCUAUCCGUCAGGCAGCGGGUGAAAUGGCCGAGGUAGCAUACGGUCACCGUGCGGAUCGACUGCAUGCUAGCGAGUUUGUACGCUUCAUGCGCAACGUGGGCACAGGUGACGUCCGCAUUCACGGCGGACAAGUAUCGAGCAGUGUCUGGGAGAACCGGUUCGAUGAGCUGCAGGCGAGCUCCUCUUCGAAAGGCAAGCAACAGGACACAUCGUCGUCGGAACAGGCGCAACAGAAGGAGCAGGUGGAGGAUGAAGAUUGGGCCAAGGCGUUCGAAGCGGAUCGGAAGCAGCAGGAUGAAGCGUCGGAUAGCUACAACAAACAGUUCUGGGAACGGCUGCAGGAUGAAUGGCGCACGCUAUCGGAGAGUGAAAAUCCGCACCCGUGGCUAUCGGAGUUUAGCGACUUCUACGAUCCCUACAGAGAGUACAAAUUUGACGAGGAGAAUCCGAUGGCCGAUGUGGAGAAUGCUUUCGAAAAGGGUAAAGCCUUUCUAGCGCAAGGGGACAUUCCGAGUGCGGUGCUGUGCUUCGAGUCGGCCGUAAAGCAGGAUCCGGAGAAUCCGGAAAUCUGGGAACUGCUCGGAUUCUCGCAGGCCGAAAACGAGAAGGAUCCGAAUGCGAUCGCAGCACUGAACAAAGCGCUAUCGUUCAACCCGAACAAUGGACCCGUCCUGAUGGCACUGGCCGUGUCCUACACGAACGAAAGCAUGCAAAACCAGGCGUUACGGGCCUUGGUACGUUGGUUGAAGUGUAAUCCAAAGUACGAGCAGCUCGUGCCUCCAGACAUGACGCAGCUACAGGAAUCGCCCCUCGCUAGCACACUCAUGGGAAGUCCGGGAUUGCGGGAGGUACAGGAUCUGUACAUUGCGGCCGUACAACAAUCGCCUACCGAAAUCGAUGCUGACAUUCAGGAAGCACUGGGCGUACUGUUCAAUCUGUCCUCCGAGUACGAUAAGGCGGUGGAUUGCUUCCGAGCUGCGGUUCAGGUACGACCGGAAAAUUCGAAAACCUGGAAUCGCCUCGGUGCCAGCCUUGCCAAUGGCAAUCGAUCGGUGGAAGCGGUCGAAGCGUACCAGCGGGCACUCGGUAUUCAGCCCGGGUUCAUACGGGCCCGUUAUAAUGUCGGUAUCAUCUGCAUCAAUCUGAAGGCGUACAAGGAAGCGGCUGAGCAUUUGCUGACCGCACUCAACCAUCAGGCCACCUCGAUAGCACGCUCCGGACUGAACGUAUCGUCGCCGGCGAAUCAAAUGUCCAGCACGAUAUGGACCACCUUGCGGAUGGUGGUCUCACUGAUGGGACGGCAGGAUCUACAACCGGCCAUCGACAACCGAGAUUUAGAUGCGCUUAAUCGCGAGUUUCCCAUGAGCAACGAUUAACGGAAGGCUCAGAUUGGGUGGCCUGCGGUUGUUUUACGAUUGAGAUACGUCAUGCGACGACGACAUUUGAUUUAAUAGGACAAAUUUACUCGAUAGACGGGUCGUGUGGGUUCGGGAUUAUUAACGACUUGGGGGGCAGUGGUACAUUUCUUUUUUUAUAAUGUUAACGUGGUUUUCCGAUUCCAGGGGAAGUAUAUGAAGCGAUUCGGUUCGAUGAAAGCAUUACGAUCGCGGGGGCUUAGUGUAGCAAAAGGCAGCUGAUUCUGGCCAAGUGGAAUUUGUUAAACAAAACGUACCUUAAAUGAUUGAAAGCAUUCGAUUGAAGGGUGAAAUGCUGCUGGAUAUGUGUAGCCGGGGGUAGUGCGUGUGCGUAGCCGAAGGCAACGAAAGGUAAAUAUAAUACCGGUGCAAU